AUGGCCGGGGCUAAGAAGAAGAAGAAGCCCGCCGCCAACCCGGCCAGAGGCUUCGCCACCACAUCCGUUGCAUCCUCCAAGCCUCGGACCGAGCCCGCUGAGGGUCCCGAUAAUGGCGCCGCUGUCCGCUCCGCCACCGCCGCGCCAAACGCCGUUUCGAACCAGGAUGCCCCGCCCUCCGACCCUCAGUCUGCGUCUGCCGGUGCCGGUGACAAGGCUACCAAGGCCGAGCUGACCCCGGAGGAAUUCGAGAAGCAGCUGGAUGAAUCUGAGUUGCAACUCUUGGUUGAAAAGUAUGCCCAGAAGACUAAGCGAGACGCUCAACGCCAGCGCACGAGGCUCGAGACCGAUCGCCGCCUGCUCAGAAGUCAAGCCGACACUGUCAAUUCCAGAAAAUGGCUGCCUCAGGAGCUUAUGGACCAAGUUCUUGACCUGAUCCAGGCCGAGAGUCGUUUCGCCUCCUCGAGCGUCUCCACCGAGACUGCUGUCAGCGGCAAGCUGUUACCGGAGGAGGACAUGAUCAUUAAGCUUUGGACUCUGCAGCAGACCCUCACUGGCGUGGGCUUUCCUGAAGAGCGUGUGCAGGCCGUCAUGCGCCACAUCCUUGAUAUCGCCCCCAAUAUACCAUCAACCGCCAAAGACAGCCUCUGGGGUCUCGAGGAAGCCCUCGACUGGAUGGCCAGGGAGUGCCCGAGCGAUGAGUUGCCUGAUUACGAAGGCCGAGGCAAACAGGGAACCAGACAAUUAGACACCCCGGCGGAGAGUCCUCUGCCUUCAGGGGCAACCACCCCCAGAGCCUCUGAGCCCGGCGGUCGCCAAAAGGGCGGACAAAGGUCCAAAAACGGUGGUUCUGCUACUUCCAAGAAGAAGACUGUUGUGACUUGUGACAGUGACAUUGAGCCGGACGACCUGGUCCCAGUCUACCUUGUAACGAAGGCCAAGCUGUUCGAACUUGAGAGAAGCCAGCAAGGCAAGAAGAAGCAAAGGAACGGGGACUCUGGAUCAGAUGAAGGGGCCGAAACACUGGACAAGCUUCGCGCAAAGAUUGACAGAAUCGACAAGGAUGUCUUGUUCGACAAGUUUGCUGCCGAGCAGCAGUGGAGGACACAGAAGGUGGCCUUGGAGAAGGAGAUUGCAGCCGCCAGAAAGCAGAAGUCGCUUGAACAGGCUCAGAAAGAGGCAGAAAGGGAUACAGAGGGGCCAGUCGCUUCUUCUGAUGGGGACAUCAACGACGAGGCUGAACGUAUUGCCGCCGAGGUCCUUGCGCAGGGCGAGGACGACGAGGAUGGCGGUCUCAGUGAUCUAUUCGCCAAUCUGCCUGUCAGCGAGGUCGACGCCGCAGGCAAAUCAAGCAUCGUGUUGAACGGCGCAGAUGGCGUGAAAAUAACGAUCCGGGACUUUGGCAAAUGGACAGGCGUCAGUCCUAUGCGAGCCUUGGAAGAGGCUUGCAGAGCGAGAGACCCUGCCGUCAAGGUUACCUAUCGCCUCAUCUCCGAAGUACCGUUCGCCAAUCGUCAUGCUGUCUCCAUCUCAUGGUCCAGGUCUCAGGAGACACCGCCGCCGUCUCAGGACGACAGCGUGGAAGUAGGGACCUAUCCAUCCAUCUUCAACUUCACCAUGAAGUCCGUUGCCACCCCCGACAGUAAACAGUCGGAAGCUUACGUUGCGACUUGGGCUCUGUUCCACAUCUUUGGCACCUCGGCUAAGGAAGAAAAGGUUGGGAUGAGACUUCCCGUUGCCUGGCGUGAUCUAUGGGAUGAACUGGCAGAGGCCCGAAAGAGCCAGCUUGACGCCAAGGAUCGGGAGGCGAUUCGAGAGCUGCGGGCUCUUGUACGUCAGAGACAGGAUCAAGAACUUGAGGAUGGCGUUAUCCUUCAAAGCGCUUUCAAAGGGAGGGGUACAGCGCGCAAUCAAAACGAAAAGGGAGACGAAUCGUCUCAGGAGGCUGCCAAGCGACUCUCUGGCGGCCCCGAGUACUACCAGAACAUUUGGGCCCAGAAGACCAACUCUCCCAGAUACCAGGCUAUGCUCCAGGGUCGCAUGCAGCUUCCCAUGUGGAACUUCAAGCAGCAGGUCACGGACGCUGUUGACAGAGAACAAGUCGUGAUUGUGUGCGGAGAGACUGGGUGCGGGAAAAGCACGCAGGUACCAGCUUUUCUGCUCGAGCAUCAACUGACCCAGGGCAAGCCGUGCAAGAUCUACUGCACUGAGCCACGCCGAAUCUCGGCCAUUUCUUUGGCCCGCAGAGUCAGCGAAGAGCUUGGGGAGGGCCGAGGCGAUUUGGGAACUUCUAGGUCUUUGGUGGGAUACUCGAUCCGCCUCGAGGCCAAUACCUCCCGAGAGACGCGCCUGGUAUUCGCAACCACGGGCAUUGUCAUGAGAAUGCUGGAAGGCUCCAACGACCUGCGAGAGGUAACACAUUUGGUUCUCGACGAGGUUCACGAGAGGUCCAUCGACAGUGAUUUUCUGCUCAUCAUUCUGAAGAAGCUCAUGUUGAGACGCAAGGAUUUGAAGGUGGUGCUCAUGUCAGCCACGGUUGAUGCCGAGCGGUUCUCCAAGUACCUUGGCGGAGCACCAGUUCUGACGGUCCCUGGUCGGACGUUUCCCGUUCAGGUUCGCUACUUGGAGGAUGCCAUCGAAACAACCGGCUACACCGUCGGCCAGGCCUCUCAGGAAAAGAUGGUUGAUCUCGACGACGAUGUGGUCGAGACGGAAGUUGAAAGGCCCAAGUCUAUUGCUGGGGCCGACCUUUCUGCCUAUUCCGCCAAGACUAGGAACAGUCUGGCCCAAAUGGAUGAGUACCGGAUUGACUUUGACUUGAUCGUCCAGCUCAUUGCUAAGAUCGCUUCCGAUUCCGAGUAUGUGGCGUACAGCAAAGCGAUUCUGGUAUUUUUGCCCGGCAUCGCCGAGAUUCGAACCCUCAACGACCUCCUUUCCGGAGAUCCUUCCUUUGCGCGCGAUUGGCUCAUUUACCCUCUCCAUUCAACCAUCGCAACUGAGGACCAGGAGGCCGCUUUUCUUGUUCCGCCCCCCGGGAUGCGGAAGAUCGUGUUGGCGACCAACAUUGCGGAGACUGGCAUUACCAUCCCCGACGUGACUUGCGUCAUCGACACGGGUAAGCAUCGCGAAAUGAGAUUCGACGAACGAAGACAGCUUUCCCGACUCAUCGACACCUUCAUCUCCCGCGCCAACGCCAAGCAGCGGCGUGGACGUGCUGGACGUGUCCAGGAUGGACUUUGCUUCCACUUGUUCACGAAGCACAGGCACGACACCAUUAUGAGCGACCAGCAGACUCCUGAGAUGUUGCGUCUCUCACUCCAAGAUCUGGCCAUCCGAGUCAAGAUUUGUAAGAUCGGCGGCAUCGAAGAGACACUGAGCGAGGCAUUGGACCCCCCUUCGGCCAAGAACAUCCGCCGCGCUGUAGAUGCGCUCAUUGACGUCCGGGCUCUGACCCCUGCCGAGGAUCUGACGCCGCUUGGCAAUCAACUUGCCAGACUGCCUUUGGACGUGUUCCUGGGCAAGUUGAUCCUGAUGGGUGCAAUCUUCAAGUGCUUGGAUAUGGCCAUCACCGUGGCAGCCAUCCUCUCAUCCAAGUCGCCCUUCACCGCACCGUUCGGACAGCGGGCACAGGCCGACCUUGUGCGCAAGGGUUUCCGUAGAGGCGACUCGGAUCUACUGACUGUGUAUAACGCGUAUCUCUCAUGGAAGCGCGUGUGCCAGUCGACCAGCGCAUCCGGCGGCAAGGACUUUCAGUUUUGUCGAAAGAACUUCCUUAGCCAACAGACACUGGCCAACAUCGAAGACCUCAAGGGCCAACUCCUAGUUUCGGUAGCAGAUUCAGGGUUCCUCUUGCUAACUGAUGACGAGAGGAGAGCCCUCAACCGGUUGCGGUAUGGCGCCAACUCGAGAGGAAGACGCCAUCAGAACUUUUUCGAUAUUCCUCAGCGCGUGAGUAUCAACAGCGAGAACGAUGCCAUCACGACGGCAGUCGUUGCGUGGAGUUUCUAUCCCAAGUUGCUGGUUCGCGACAACCUGGGAAGCCGGGGUUUGCGCAACGUCGGCAACAACCAGUCCAUCAGCCUGCACCCGUCCUCAGUUAACAAGGGCCACAACGAGCUCAAGUGGCUAUCUUAUUACCACAUCAUGCAGUCAAAGAGUGUUUACCACGCACACGAGACUUCAGCUGCCGACCCCUUUGCCAUUGCUCUGCUGUGCGGCGAUGUGCGAGCUGAUAUGUUUUCUGGUGUCCUCGUCCUGGACGGCAACCGCUGCAGAUUUGCCCUGCCCGACUGGAAGACGAUGCUCGUCAUCAAGGUCCUUCGCACCAGGCUUCGAGAGCUCCUUACCCGCUCUUUCAAGCAGCCAGGCAAGCUGCCGACAGCACAGCACGAGCGGUGGCUGGCGAUCUGGCAAAAAAUCUUCUCUCAGGAGGCGAACAAAGACAAUGGCAAUACGACCGUUAGCAAAGCAUAG